AAACGGCGCAUAGGACGACACUUCUGUCAGUCUGUCCUCGACACUCGUUCGAACCGACCGUGCGGAGAGUGGGUGGCGCUUGUUUUUUGUCCGAAGCCGGGUUUUAAAUCCGAAAGUCAUACAUAGUGUUGUGGUUCUUGUUGCCUGUUUUUUUUGCUCGCCACAAGCUGCUAGACAUGCCGUGACUUAGAUGGUAAUGCUAGAAGUGGUGAAUCUUACAUCCGCGUGUUGGAGUGUUGAAAUUAGCAGUGGCAAGCGGUAUCGGUUCUGUUAUAAUCUGUCUUGAUAGACGCGCGCGAUGAGUGAUGCGAUGUAGGAUGUAGGAGAAGAAUUAAAGGGUGAAACAAUCGUUUGGUGUUCGGGAGAGAAUUCAAUUACCUACCACUGAUAUGUGUGGUGAGUUAGGUUAGGAGGCCUGAUAAGGUGUCUUUCCCUUCGGUUUGUUUUGGUAGCCGCCUUGAAGUGUGGAGCCUAAUCGCAGCCGGCAAAAGUGGAUUACUUUGAUGCUGUACCGCACUUGAUAAGUAGUGAAAAAUUGCUGAGUGAUUGGAUGAUAAGCUGCUGUGUGCGCGUCAAUUCGUCUGAAAAUUGUGUGAAAAUAGUGUUUGGUUGAAAGCUGUCAAAAACCAAAGCAUAAACGGGUGAAGUUUUCCAAAACAACGGCACCAGCUGAUUCUCCUCAAAACAGAACCAUCAUCAAUUGUCAUGGAGCUAAUGCAUCACGAAUCACCAUUUUUACUAUGCCUGCCGUUCUGACUUGGAGUGAUGUGAAACGUAAAAUUUCAUUCAAGAUGCGUUUAAAAUAUAAGAAAUCGAGCCCUCAGGUCACAUCCUGUUGACCGGUAGUGAAAAUAAAACGUUUCUCUUGAAUAUAGUGAUUUUCUCUGAAAAAAAAAUCAAAAACAAAAGUGCUCGAAUUGUGUCGGACAGAUUGGAUCGCGAUUUUACGUGCGCGUGUGAGUGUGUGUGUGUAAAUUUGCGCACCCUCCGUCGUCCGUAAGAUGCCUUGGGGCUGUCUCUGUUCCAAGGAAAAGAAACGCCCGCAAAUUAGCAGCCCUAUACUGAAGUCAACCCCUUCCAGCAAGCACCAGCUAGUGCCAUCGGUUCGGCGUCCCCUCCUGUCGGGAUCCUCUGCCACUGCCGCCGAAAAACUCGAGCAACGGCUGCUCGAUCCAAAUCUUAACGAACUCGACUCCUCGCAGCAGUCCACCGUCGUCGGUACCGGUGCCGGAACGGGAGCCGGUGACGAAAGUAGCGAAGAGUUUCCCAAUGGAGGUAGCAGCGGUACGAGCGGCAGCGGUGGCUCCCAGCGGGAUCGACUCCAGCAGCAGCUGAUCCAAAAGUCCAAGCUCAAAUCUUCCAACCUGAAGAGCACCACCUACACGCGAAAUACCGAAAAUGACAAGCUGACGAGGCAUUUGAAUAACGUAAAGUUUGCGUUUGAUGAGCCGCAGCCCCAGUCUCCGCUGCCGAAGGAGGCACAGCAGCAAAAGGUGGCGGAUUGCAACGGGAACGGAAACUACGAUGUGCUCCAGCCAGCGCCGGUGCUGCUGCACAUCGUAGAGCGGAAUGAUGAAAAUAGUAACAACCCGCCAAGCUCCGUUCCACCGGAUUUGGUACGCAGUAGUACCGAAAGCAUUCCUUACAUCGAUGACGAGCAGACCAAGAUACUGAAGAAUCUCAACAGUGACCCCAACAAAGUUCAAAACUUUCACGAUGCUCGAAUCAUCACGCUUACACCAAAGAAUAUCGGCUCCGAGGUAACCCGGCAGCAGAGACCGCUAAGUCCGGAACUUCGUCAAUUUGUGCUGACGAAAAAGUACGAAUCCCAGCAGCGACCCGCAGUCAGACAGUGGACCGAGGCAGCUGUGCCGGGGCUGGCAACGUUACGCUUUACGCAUAGUUUUCACAUUCUCGCUGCCGGCUGUGACCGGGUUUGCCAGCACUGUCAUCUCGUGCUCAGCUUGGAUGUGGCACUGCGGUGCGCUAUCUGCGAGUUCACCUGCCACCAGCGGUGCGUGCGGCUCGAACAGGAAUCGGUCGCCGUUCGACGAUGGCAACACUGGGCUGGAAUGACUAACGGCGAAAAAAACCGCGCGACAAGAAAGAGAAUGGAUGUUCCGCCCAAGUCGCGCUACACGGAUACCUCGUACCUGAUCUUCCAGCAGCUGAAGGAGGGCGGAGUGCAGUGUGCCUUUCCGUUUAUUUACGAACUGCUGAAUCCGGGUGGUUCCGAUGGGACCCGCCGACCGGAUGAGCUGCCGGACGGAGUUGAACCGCUCAGUGAACCGGGUGGUAAGAAUGGCAAGAAGAGUGCUGGACAGUACAAAUCCAAAGAUAGUCGCAAACCGGUUGGCAGCGGAAUUCCACGCAAGCAGAGUAAGAUUGCGGAGAAGCGAAAGAACCGGCGCAGCCAGGAGUUGAAGGCAGUGGAGGAAGCUUCCCGCGAGGAAGAGGAUGCGGUCAGUCUUACCAAAGAGACGGAUGGAGCAGUGUUGGCGGCAAAGUCCGAGUCCGUUCCGGACGAGAAACAAGUGCAAGUGUGUGAUUUGUCCCCGGGGACGGCCGAUGGGCGGCAUGUGAGUGUGAUCAGCAGUGGCGAUGAGCAGUGCUGUGUGGUGCAGAAAGAUAUCCAGGUGGCCGUGGAUUUCCACCAUCGGCCCGAUUCGGAGGUGGAACCCGGUUCCCGGGUCGGUAGUGUUCUGGUAGUGGAAGCAAAUAAUAACGAUGUGAAGUGCAAGUCGCAGAAUGAACAGCAACAGCAGCAGCAGCAGUUAAGUGAGCCGGGAAGUGAAUCGGAUGUGGAUUCGGUGCGGACAGUGACACCCGGUUUGGGGUGGACAAGAGACACCGUUCGGAAUCCGGGAGGCUCUCAAGACGCCGGAAUCGUUAAAGCGCCCGGUGUUCAAAUCCGUCGAAAGCAGUACCUGUACGAGCCGGCCUAUUUGACCGGUUCGGAGUACAGCGAUACGGACUUCACCGAUACGGCCAGUAGCGUUGGGGAGUUGGACGAUGCGGCGGCGGAGUAUGCCAGUGUGGAGCUGCGAGAGGUAAAUAUAUGGAAUAUCCUAUCUCGCUGUGGCCAAUAUGUAAGUCUACAACUAGUCAAGAAUGGAAAUUUUUUGCUGGAUAAACUGCAGCCACUAUCGUAAAACAUUUUAAGGAGUGCGCAUUAAAGUUGUUUAAGUUGAUCCUCACACACACACACACACAUCGUACGAGUAUACUGGUUUCUUCCCUCUGAAUGGAACAUUAAUCUUCCGUUUUGUGAACCAAUCGCGACUCGGCACGCGACUCGCGUGGCUGCAAUCACAACCAAGUUGCACACAGUAAUUGCUGCUCGCGGUGGCAUAGAUUAUUUCUAAUGGGUAUUUCGCACUCACCGGUGGAAUUCUGCGCGCGUCGAAACGCACACUGGUUUGGCCUCGACCGAAACCUGGCCAAAAUGGCACUAUAUGUUUUUAAACCAGUGUUGAGCAGUCUAAUCUAGAGAACAACAUUGUACCAUGGGAAAGAAUCUCCUUUUUCUUGGGGUUCUGAAAAUUCAGGGAUUUAUUUCCCUGAUUUUUCCGAAAUGAAACACUACACAAAGCAUACAGAAAGCAGAAAAUAGGAAACGACAAUUAAAAAUGAACUGCAAAAUAAAUUAAAAUUACAAAUAGAGAGUGAAUGAAAUUCAAAAUUAAAACGAGAAUCAGAAUGGGAAAGAGAAAGACGAGAAUGUGAAUAAAAAUAAUAACAAAAGUGAUAAUAAGAAUGAACAUGAGAAUGAGAAUAAGAAUGAGAAUCAAAAUAAGAAUGAUAAUAUGAAUGAGAAUGAGAAAAAAAUUAGAAUGAAAAUAAGAAUAAAAAUUGAAAUGAAAACUAAAAUCAAAAUAUAGAUCAAAAUCAAAAUCAACAUUAAAAUUUGAAUCGAAAUGAAAAUUAAAAUCAAAAUCAAAGUCAACACCAAAAUCUAAAUUAAAAUCAAAAUCGAUAUAAAUAUAAAUAUCAACAUCAAUAUCAAUAUCAUUAUUUAAAUAAAAGUCAAAAUCAAAACAGAAAUAAAAAAUAAAUAAAUGAAAAUUGAAAAAUCAAAAAUAAAAGAUCGUAAUCCCAAAAAAUAAAACAUGAAAAAUAAAAAAUCAAAAAUUUUAAAUUAAAAAUUGAAAAUGGAAAAUCAAAAAUGGAAGAUGAAAGAUGAUGAAUGACAAAUGAAAAAUUUAAAAUAGAAAAUAAAAAACUAAAAUUAAAAACUUAAAAGUGAAAAGUUUAAAGUAUAAAAACUAAAAGAUGAAAAAGUAAAAGAAUAGGAAUAGGAAUAGGAUUGGGAACAGGAUUAGAGAUAUGAAGAAGAAGAAAACAAGGCCAAGAGAGAAGAAGAGCAUGAAUAAGAAAAAGAACAAGAAUGAGAAUUGUAAUGAAAUAUAAAAUGAGAGUAAAAACGAGAAUGGGAAUAAAAACUGGAAUGAGAAUAAAUAUGAAAACGAGUAUGAAAUGAGAAAGAGAAUGAGAAUCGAAAAUAAAAAUGAGAAUUAACAUAAAAUUGGAAGAGGAAAAAGAGAAUGAAAAAUUAAAAUUGGAAAAUUAGAAAUGAACGAUAAACAAUAAACAAUAAACAAUAAACAAUAAACAAUAAACAAUAAACAAUAAACAAUAAACAAUAAACAAUAAACAAUAAACAAUAAACAAUAAACAAUAAACAAUAAACA